AUUUACCUAGCGCCGCUGCGGCACCAUGCAGCCCCUGGCCCGCUGCUGCUUCUCAGCGAUUGUGCUCCUGCUUGUCCCUGGCGCCGCUGUCUGCUGCGGCCCCACGGAGUAUCAGUGGACCACCAACGAAGGGAGCGGCUGCUGCUCCAUGUGUCCUCCAGGAAAGUACUUGGUAAGUCGGUGUGAACGUUUCAAUGAAGAUCCAAACUGUGCAGUGUGCCCAACAGGAAAGUAUACAGCUGGAUGGAAUACUCACAGUUCUUGUGCUCGAUGCAAAAUCUGUUCUAAAGAAUCAGGUGCCGCAUAUAGCAAGAAGUGUGAAAAAGACGCGAAUGCUGAAUGCUCGUGUGGCAAAGGCAAACAAUUAACAGCAGAGUCCAAUUCCUGUGAGCAAUGUCCACCAGGAUCUUAUUCUGAUGAAGAAGGCAAUGAAACCUGCAAGCCCUGGACCUGUUGUGAAGAAAAUGGACAACAAUUAAUUAAAAAUGGUUCGAGUACAGAGAAUGUAGAAUGUGGUAUGUCCAAGAUCACCACAACACAAGGUAGAAGCUCCUUUAAUCCUACGACUGUGCUCAGGACAACAAUGCCUAGUGCCUCAACCAGAACAAGUCCUUCAGUAACUACAGCAAACCAGCCAGCCACGGCUGUCGAAGAUAAAUUUUAUAUUGGGGUCAUCGUUGUGGCAGCUCUGAUUUUUCUCAUUGUCCUAAUAAAAAGGAGAAAAUUGUACCUGAAGAUGAAAAAACAAGAUUUCUACCAUUGUUUGGGGAUCAAAAAAGAUAUAAAGGGUCCAGUGCAAGAAGAAGCCAAUGAUAUCACAUCGGUGCAAGUAUGAAACUGGUCCCGGCAUCUUUUACAGAUUUGAAAUUGACAAUUAACUCGACCAAUGAACUGGUUUGUUCUUCAGUUACGUGGAGAUAGUUGUCAUUUUAAACUAAAGAAAUGAGGAAAAGGCUACAUACAUUGUAGCUUGGGAAAAUCAGAAUUGAGACUGAUGACAUUGAGUCUCACCUCUGGUGAGAUUGAGAAAAUGCGACCUUCAUGGUGACCUCGGGAGUAUUUCCUAUAUAAUGGCAUCUACUUUGUAAAGCCUCAGAAACUUGCCACUGGCUAUCUUGCUUUGGAGAACAUUGUGCAAGCUUGAAAUCUCAGAACUGAGUCUGCUGGUCGCCUUGACAUGCAAAGAAGAGAGAGGAGGGCAGUGGAAUUCAUAGAAUUUUUGGUCCAACUCAAGCAUACUGACCAGAAAUGGUAGACUGAGCUCCAAACUAUUGGAGUUUUGUAUGUAAAUGUAUUUUAAAAACUUGUAAA